GUCUUAGCGCAAAAAAGAACAAAAAAAAAAAAUUCACGAGAGUGUAUUUUUCAGGCGAACGAAGUUGCAAAUCGAAGUGUCUGCCAAAAAGUCCAUACAAAAAUUUGAUUAAUACCUUUUUGCUGUGAAAAAUUCGCUCCACUGACCUAUCGAAAGCUGUUGAGAAAAAAUCCAUCCUCUAUUAUUUUUUUGUUGUUGUGACGAUUUAAAUUAUUGAAAAAAACAUCAAGAUGUCCAUCAGUCCAGUGGUUUUAGAAGCUACCGCUAAGCAUACAUCUACCUUGAUAUUCAUGCAUGGCCUUGGUGACACAGGCCAUGGCUGGAUAUCUGCCCUCGGUAUGGUACGACCAUCACACAUGAAAGUGGUCUGCCCAACAGCGCCAACUAUGCCAGUUACACUUAAUGCAGGAUUCCAAAUGCCUUCAUGGUUCGAUUUGAAAACUCUUGAUGUUUCUGGGCCAGAAGAUGAUGAGGGAAUAAGGAAAGCAUCACAGAAUGUUCAUUCAAUGAUCCAGUCCGAAUUGUCAGCUGGAAUUCCUGCAAAUCGCAUCGUUGUCGGUGGAUUCUCACAAGGUGGAGCUUUAGCUUUGUAUGCAGCUCUCACAUUUCCUCAACGAUUGGGUGGUGUUAUUGCGUUAUCGUGUUGGUUGCCAUUGCAUAAGCAAUUCCCUAAUUUAAAAACAUCUCCAGAUGAUGUUCCGAUUUUCCAAGCACAUGGUGAUUUCGAUCCCGUGGUGCCAUAUAAAUUUGGACAACUUAGUGCUAGUUUGUUGAAGUCAUUUAUGAAAAAUGUUACAUUUAAGACAUAUGGAGGUUUGUCACACUCUUCGUCCGAUGAAGAAAUGAAUGAAAUUAAAACAAUUCUCGCCAACUGGAUAAAUUAAUUAGGUUGAAUUAAAAUAAAAUACAAAAAAAAAAAAACAACAAAAAAA